AUGAGCGGGCUCGCGUGCACGAAGAAGGUCGUGGAAGACGAGGACGCACAGGAGCUCCGACUCGGGGAAGAUUUCACGGACGCGCACUGCCUGUCCAUGGACGAGGUGAACCUGAUCUGCGCGGCGAAGUUGGGCGACGACCUGGACAAGAUCGGCGAGCCGACGUCGACGACGCAGACGAAGGUGUUCGAAAUGACGAACGCCUACGUGAGGCGAUUCGCGAAGGAGGCGGCGAGUAGGCAGACGGAGGCGUUCCGGAACUUGUACGCGCAGGCCGGGUUGACGGACUUCGAGGGCGCGAUCAUGGUGAACUUGAACUUUGGAGACUACGAAGAGGCGAUCGCGCACUUGCCGAGCCUCGCGAGGAAAGGCGACGACGGGAUCCUGAUCCACUCGGAAGAGAAGGUCUCGAAGCUCAUCGACGACAUGGCCGACGUGCGGCGGUUCGAGUAG